AUGGAUCCGCCCUCGAGCCUCCCGCGACCGUCUGGCCUGCCGCGCCCCGCCGCGUCCCGGCUCCCUAUACUACGGCCGUCGGGCAGCCAGCAGCAGCUGCGGUCGCCGGCGUCGAGCAGCCAGCUUCGCAAGCAGCCGUCCGUCACCUCCCUGUCGCGCCCGCCCACGCAGCCAGCACCGGCACCCGUACCCGGCCUCCAGCGCAAGCCGUCGCGCAUCUCGCUCGUCCCGUCGUAUGCCGCCCCCUCGCAGACCGCCCCCCCGCCCGUCUCGCAGCCGCUGGCGCGAAAGCCUAGCCGCGCCUCGCUGGUGCCCGCCGCCGGCCGCCGCGUGAGCAGCAUCCCCGGCGCGGCCACCUCGCUCCCGCCGCGCACCUCGUCGCAGGGCGCGCCCGCCUUCAAGAAGCCGUUUGCUCGCCCGUCGUCCCGCCAGAGCCGGACGCCCUCGCAGCCGCUGCGCACGCCGAGCGCCACCAGGGAGGACGACCGGCUGGGCAGCCUCAAUGGCUUUCACUCGGCGUCGAGAGGGUCGUCGCGUGCGGGCUCGCAGGCCGGUGUCCACGAGAGCUCCUCGCCCGAGGACGUGCUGGACGGGGAGCGUGACGCCACGGCCAAGCGGAAGGCGCGGCCGUCCCUGUCCGAGCGCACUGUCGAGAGCCUGUCGCUGCUGCCCUCGUCGCCCGCAAAGGGCAAGGGCCGGCGCCGGUCGAGCUUCUUCAACCAAGACGGAGUCAUGCUGCCACCACUGCGUCCUGCAUCCGCCAUGUCCAACCAGAGCAACGACAGCAGGCCCGCCACCAGCGACGGCGCCAGUCGCCUGCCCACGACGCCCAGCAGGCCCGCCGCGUCGCCCGCACGCCUGUCCAUGACAGUCCCCAAGCGGAGCGCCAGCGCCACCGCAUCCACGCCCACAACGACCCCGAGCCGCGUCUCGUCCGUGUCACGGCCCACGACUGCAAUCAAGAAGCCCGCGCUGGUGCCCACGCAGAACAUCCACACUCCCUCCAAGCCAGCCCCGUCGUCCAGCAAGGGUCUGGCCUCUCGCACGCCAAAAGCACGUGCUCCCGUUGCUGGCUCUUUUGGCCAGGCAAUAUCACCACCCGGCACUGCCCCGGCACCCUCGCCAACGAGCACGCCUCGCAAAGCCCCCAGCUCGUCACUCGCGCUCCGCAACUCCAUCGCCCAGGCCAAGGCCACCCGCAAGCAAGAGGUUGUCGAGUCACCCAAGAAGCCCGAGAACUCCUCGAAUGCCCUCAGAGAGCAGAUCGCCAAGGCCCGAGAGGCAGCAAAGCGCAAGGCUGCACCCGUUCGUGCAGACACGCCGCCCAAGGAUGCCAUCAUACCCGACCCCGACGAGAUUGCCAGCUUCGACUUUGGCCUCGACGAUCCGUUCAACCAAAACUCAAAGGGCGGCCAAUCCGUCCUGCGCAAGCGUGUGGACGGCGCCCGCACAACCGGCCGCCUCAACAUUGCAGGCAUGCAGCUGACUGAGAUGCCCGAGGAGGUUCUCCACAUGUACGACCCGAACGAUGCCACCGUCGCCUGGGGCGAGAUUGUGGACGUUACGACCAUUGUUGCUGCCGACAACGAGCUGACGACGCUGCCGGACAGCAUGUUCCCUGACGUCAACGGCGACGACUUCAUCGACUCGGACGAUGCUGGACCGCAGUUUGGCGGUGUGCAGAACCUCGACUUCCACGGCAAUCUGCUGCAAGAGCUGCCCAUGGGUCUUAGGCAGCUGGUGGAGCUCACCAAGCUCAAUCUGUCCAGGAACAAACUCCCCGUGGGGGCCUUCGAAGUCAUCACCAAGAUAACCUCGUUGCGCGAGCUGAAGCUGGCCGAGAACAGCUUUGAUGGCCAAUUGCCGUCGGACAUUGCCAGCCUGACCCAGCUCGAGGUUCUGGAUCUUGCCAACAACAAGCUCAUCGGUCUCCCCGCGGAGAUUCGGGAGCUGACACAGCUGCGGACUCUUAAUGUCGCCAACAAUCGGAUCCAGACUGUACCCAUGGAGCUGUUCACAUCUCCAUCGUUGAUUGAGUUCAACGCUACGAACAACCGCCUGGAGGGCUCGUUCUUCACCGUCUCAUCAGCACCGCACCUGCAGGAGCUACGACUGUCCGGCAACGCACUGACAUCCUUGUCUGAGUCUGGCAGCUUGAGCAUGCCCGCGUUGAAGCAUCUGGACAUCUCAGUAAACAGGCUGUCUUCGCUACCUGACGUGAGUUCGUGGUCUCACUUGGGCACGCUUCUGCUGGGCGAGAACAAGGUCGCUGCGUUCCCAGACGGCUUCUUCACCUUGAAGCAACUGCGCAUCGCCGACUUCACGGCAAACGACAUCUCAAAGGUCGACGAGCACAUUGCGCUAAUGGACGGGCUGGAAAAUCUCACUCUUGCUGCGAACCCUAUCCGCGAGAGGAAGUUCUUGACGAUGAGCACGGACGAAAUGAAACGCGACCUCCAUGCACGACUCCAGCCUGAAGCGAUUGUCACUGGCCCUGACGAGGACGAGUUUGCAUUUGCGGCUGAAGAGCAGGCACCUGAGAUUUCGAAUGGGUGGACAGUAACACCCUCAGGAACCCUCGACCUGGCGAACAAGAAUUUCACCGAGCUCGACGAAGACGCCCUGGUGGCCUUGGCAGAAACCAGUGACAUCCGCCAGAUCAACCUCCAGAGCAACCUCCUCCAGAGCGUCCCGCUCGCUUUCGGCCGCAUCGCGUUCCUCACCAUCCUCGACCUGUCCAGCAACAGCAUCGCCAGCCCCCUCUCGACCCCCCUCUCUCUCCCCAAGCUGCGCGAACUGCGCCUCUCGAACAACAAACUCAGCUCCCUCGCCGCCCUCACCACCCACCUCACAGCCCCCGCCCUGCACACCCUCGACCUCAGCCAAAACCGCCUCACCGGCACCCUGCCCCCGCUGCGCUCCUCCUUCCCCGCCCUCACCACCCUCCUCGCCGCCGACAACGCCCUAACCGACGUCCCCGCGCCCGCCCUCGCCGGCCUCAAAGUCGCGAACCUCGGCAACAACAAUAUCGAGCGUCUCGAUCCACGCAUUGGGUUGCUCGCGGGCGAACUUGGUACGUUGGUGGUCGAGGGAAAUCGCUUCCGCGUCCCUAGUUAUCAGGUGCUGAGUAAAGGGACUGAGGCUGUGUUGUUGUGGUUGAGGGAUAAGGUGCCCAAAGAUAAGGAGAAGGAGAGGCCCAGGAGUGAUUCUGAGGCUAGUACGGCGACGAGGACGACGGAGGGCGGGAGUGAGUUCUUUGAUGCUGAGGAUGGGGGGGCGUGGUAG